CCUUCUUGCGAUUCGUUGGUCAAAGAAUUUAUAUAAAUAGGUAUGAUGCACUCCAUUUGUUUGGAAUUACUUAACUGAAGCAGAAUCGAGUAUAAAGAUAUUAUUGAAAGAAAUGUUGAUUGGUGAAUAGAGAAAGUUACUAUCGCAUAUGGAGAAAGGGAAAGCUACGAGCGGGCGCUCUGAGCCUUUUCCAGGCAUCUUGUACUCAGAACCAGGAGCUUUAGGCCUAGUAUGCAACAUAAUUGCGGCAUUCAUUGCUGCUGUCAACAACAUACAAGGAGAUGAAAGAGGAACUAAAUUAACGGCGAUUGUGACCGGACUCCAUUUAAUUCUGGUCGGCGGAUUUCUUCAGAUUACAGCUGGAAUUAUGAGUUUUCGAAAAAAUGACCAUCUCGUGGCUACCUCCUUAACUGUAUUUGCCACACUUUGGGCAUUUCAAGGCGGGGCAAUUAUUCUAUCGAAACUCAUAUACAGUGAUGUAACAAAAUCAGUUCUUCCGGUGUACAUUGCUUUCGUUACAAUUGCGUUUUCGUUAUUUAUUUGUUCAAUAUUUGUAAACUUCAUAGUCCCUCCUGUAUUGGUUGCUAUGGCACUGACUCUGACAUUUGAGUCGAUAGGACUCUUUUUCACCUGGGGUAAGAAGACAGCUGUUGCUUUUGAGUUUUUGAUAGUUCUGACUGCUAUGUAUGCUGUAACGGUUAUGAAAACAAAAGGCAUCAGUCAGCGCUACAUAUUACCAGGUUUCGGUAACGCACCAAUUGACCCCCUUCUAAUAAAGAGAAACGCAAGCAGAACGAAUAAAAAGGAAAAACGAAAGAAUACAAAAUAUGCUGAACCUAUGGGUAUGGGUUACAUGGGAAGUAUCAUUCCCGUUUCUGUUGUUUGUUUUCACGGGCUUGGGUAUGUUGAUGACAUGACGGUGCCCAUCUUAGCUGUUAGUUGUGGUGCACUGCUGCAAAUAAUUGCCAGUUAUUACUCUUUUCUUCGAGGUGAUCUCUUGUACUCCGUACAAUUUUUAACACAUUUCCUAUUCUGGACCUCAAAAUCGCUGGUCUAUCAAUUUUCUGGCAGUGCUGAUAGUUUUUCUUCAUAUGCCAACUUUUAUGGUUCAUGGGGUUUAGUUUUGGUUUUGGCUUUUUUCACAAUAUGUUCAUCAACGCAAUCAAUCGCCGUGUUUCUUUAUAACUGCUUAUUAACAGUAACUUCUAUUUUGUCAAUGGAACAUAUUCCUUUGUCAAUUCAAAACUAUACAUUUGGGUUGUCUGCAAUUUUGAUAUGGUUAUUCACUGUUUAUCUUUCGACCGCUCAUCUUCUGAAUGCAUGCGCAGAGAAGCCCGUUUUACCGCUUGGGUCAGAAAUUACCACCGAGGAGCGCCUCUUUGGCUGUUGCUUAACGAAAAAUAAUGCAAAGGAAAGUCGGUCCAUGACAGACGAAGACAUAGACAAUGAAAGAAGAGAUCAAACGAUCAAUGUGCUGUUGUUCCUUUGUAACAUGGUAGCCUCAUUUGCCCUAUCGCCAUUCGAAAUAUCUAAUCGAAUGAUGUCAUUGCCAUUUCUAUUGACAGCUGGAAUCUUUGGAAAUUUAUUGGUGGCACGUUUUUCGUACGUCCUGCAGAGUCUCUCGCGAUGCUUCAUUGCUUUGUCUUGUUGUUUUCUUUGGACAUCAUGGUCACUGUACAUCUUUGAUGCUACAGGGAUUGCCAUCAGCAGUUCUCUGGCCAUUAUUAGCGUCGGACUGUGUGUGCUCUCUCUAUUGUUGUCCAUCACAAUGGCCAAGAUUUUAACAGUGUUAGAAUUAGCCAUUCUUCUUCACUCCAUCUCUUUUACAACACACAUGUUUAACGCUGAUACCAAAUACUUCCCCAUGGUUUCAUCCAUUUUUCUAGGUCUGGUUGGCAUAUAUGGGUUCAUCUUAUACACUGUGAAGGGGCUAUUGGACAAGACUUUGCUUCCAGAGGGCAAACCUUUGAUAAAGAUGAGGACACCAAUCACGUCAUCUUUACCUUGCCCCACCUUCCGGUCACGAAUUGCUAGUGAUCUAUUUAAAGCUGCCAAGGUACUUGAAAAGGGUGAGGUUAUUUGUGUUCCCACUGACACAGUGUAUGCUUUAGCUGGAUCCUGUAGCAAACCGGAUUCUAUCUCCAAAAUCUAUCACAUUAAAGGGAGACCGCCAGAGAAGCCGAUAUGCCUUUGCAUAUCUAACCUGCAGCAACUCAGAGUAGCUAAUCCACCUUUUAGUCCAUUGUUAUGGAGAUUCAUGGACAAGUGUUACCCUGGAGGCAUUACUUGUGUCGUUAAAAAGGGUCCUUGGCUACAAAAUCUUGGAGUAGGCGAGGCAGCAGACUUCGUGGGAACAAAAGAAAGCGUGGCAAUCCGGGUACCUGACAGUUCCGUUCUCUCAUACCUUGUUAGCAUCACUGGCCCUUUAGCCAUCACGUCAGCCAAUCCCAGCGGGGAGCCUGACAGCACACACCACAAUACUGUCCUCGAUACACUAGGAGGGAAGCUAGCAGGGGUUGUAUGUGAUGACGAGUCCAAUGAGACAGUAGCGUCCACAGUAGUCAACUGUAUGAAGAUUGACGAAGGGCUAAUUUCGUAUUUUCGAGUCGGGUGUGUACCGAAGGACAUCGUCGAUAAUUUGUUUGAUGAAGUAAAAAAAGAACAGUCUGAUCAGAUAAACUAUAUUACAACGCAACAACCUUUUAGAACAUUAAAGUGAAACUUCAUUUCCGAAGAGAAAAUAUAAUAUUAAAAAACUCCUACUUUAU